AUGGAAGUGAGAAGCUUUCGACUCAAGUCGUCCCGGCAGUCACCCGAAGUUCCCGGUUCGAAGUGGAGGUCUUCGUUAGGAGCAAGGAGCGACUCAGAGAUUCGCUUUGUGACUCCUGUCGCAGAUGCAAUGAUGGAUACAGGGCCAAUUGAGCUUUUGUUCAAGGCCUUGGUUGGUGAGCCAGCAGGCUUCACGAUACCAACAGCAAAUAAUCCAAUGAUUGAAGAACCCGAGUGGUCUCCUCGGCAGAAGCCGGUUCUUGUUCCUGCCUUCGCCACCAUGGUAAAGAUUAAAAAGAACUCGAAGCGGCAAAAACUGUCGCAGAAAUACAACAUCGAGAAGAAGGUGCGCGAGCAUCGACGGAAGAUGAGGAAAACAGCCAAGCAGACUGGCGGCCCCGUACGGAAAAAACACCGCCGAGAUCCGGGAAUCCCCAAUUCGUGCCCGUUCAAACAGGACAUUCUGCGAACGAUUCAGGUCCGCAAGCAGCAGAAGGAAGCCGCUGCGUCGGCAGAGCGGGAGCGAAGGCUCGGAGAAGCCCGCGAAGGGACUGCAUCUGGCGGGUGCAACGAAGUGGUGCCAGCAGCGGCAGGCGAUGACGGGGACAUGGAGGCCCCGGAGCUGGUCCCUGUGAAUCCUCUCGCAAAACUCCUGGACUCUGCGGAGGAAAGCCAGGCUCGUUUCCGCGCUGCGCAACUGAACGAAAGUGACGAGAACGCCGGGGCCUCACCGUUCGCGUACGAGCUGACCACUCAACAGCAGGUGUACCUCCACCAGCAACAGCGUCAGCAACAGCAACUUCUGCGUCGUGUGCUUCAGCAAGCAGAUGUCAUUAUUGAGGUUCUGGACGCGCGCAUGCCUUCAGCCUUCCGCUGUCCCGCCCUCGAACGCUGGGUCCUCGGCGAAGGCAAAAAACUGAUUCUGGUCAUGAACAAAGUCGACCUCGUUCCCAAAGAAGCCGCUGUCGCCUGGCUCAAGACUCUGCAGAGGGGAGUCGCGCCUGCUCUGGCCUUCAAGAGUGCGGGCGGCAAGAGCGCCGGCGCGCGAAAAAGAGGCGUGAAACGUGGAGGAAAGCGAAAGCUCCAGAACUGGACAGAUGUCGAGCCGUUGGAGGCCAGCGAAAGUUUCCGGAAUGCGAUUGCCUUGGAUCCUACCCUGUGCUGUGUCGUGUUCUGCAUCAUUGAUUCCACUGGUGGACCUGGCGUAUGCGAGUGCUCCUCGGUCGCCCUCGGUGCGCCUGCGCUGCUCCGUCUCCUCAACGCGCUGGCUCAUACCGCGAAUCGCGGAGAAGUGUCCGCCGACCUCGAUCCCACCUCUGAUUCUGCCGCUCCUUCCACCUCCUCUGCCUCGUCCACGCCGAAAGCGAACCUAAUUGUUGGCGUCGUGGGGUAUCCUAAUGUCGGGAAGUCGUCGCUGGUGAACGCGCUCACGCAUUCGUGUUCCGCAGCCGCCGUCGCAGCGUUGCCGGGGAGCACAAAGACGCUUCAGUUUGUUCGGAUUGACAAACACAUUCAGUUGAUUGACUCCCCUGGCGUACUCUUCUCGCCCUCAAAAAACCCCCAAGAUGAUGCUCUGCUGCUGCCGCCGACCUCGGCGUCUCUGGCCAGUUCCCCCAGCGGGUGUCCAGACACACAGGGCGCUCAGGGGUCCGAGAGCUGCUCGGCAUUCAUUCUGCGAAGUCUGCUUCCGGUCCACCGCCUCGAAAAUCCGCAGGAAGUCGCCACCGGCGUCGCAGCCUGGUGUUGCUCAGAAACCCUGCAGCGCCUCUAUCGGUUGGAGGCCUUCUCAUCACCUCAAGAGAUGCUUGCACUCCUGGCGCAUCGCCGAGGCAAGCUGAAGAAGGGAGGCGUGCCCGACCUCGACGCCGCCGCAAAGAUCUUCCUCCAGGACUGGCAAUCUGGCGUCAUCCCGUAUUACACCCUACCCCCGUCCGAUGACUCUCAGCCCAGUGCCGCUGCGGACAUGAAGACCGAGAAGGUCGCCUUCUGGAAGACGCCAGCUGGUGAAGGGGCUGGGGACGCAGUGGCGACAACCCAAAACGCAUCCUCGCCCGCGGAGGUGUAUGCGUCGGUCCUCGCGUCCCAGUGCCAUGCGAUCGAAACGGGUGAAGACACCAUGGGAGAGACAUCGAGAGGACAAGAACCCGGUGUCGUCCGCGUCAGUGUAGACUUUAACCGGGCAAAGAACGAGCCGCAAAGACCCUACAUGCUCCUGCGCUUCGGCCCCGUUGCCGUUGACUCUGCCAAACGCCCCGGCACCUCGGCGCUGUCUUUGUCGCCUUCUGCGGUCGGCCGAGGCCGGGACGCGAAGACACAUAUGGGCGCGGAGAGCGACGACGCGGUGAGCGCCGAAGCGUCGCGCCGCGCAGAAACCCGGAAAGAGGCGGCGGCCGCCGCAGUCAGCAAGAAGGAGCGCAUGCCACACGUGGUGGCCAUGGCGAAAAACAAGCAGGCCGCAAAGAAAAACCGGAAACUCGCGAACAAACUUCAACGCCUCGUCGGGGAAAUGGCUGCCGGCGGAGACGAAGACGCGUCGAUGGAUGUGAGUGUUGAAGUCGCGCAUGGCGGGCGAUGCGUUUCAUCAAUAUCGCUUUUGGCUGGACACGCGCUCGGGAUAAUCUUCCGCUUGAUGCUCUCGCUCUGGGUUGCGUCGAACCUGCUUGAUCUUCGUUGCCCCUCGCUUCCCAUCGCGUCAUUUUUGACUCCAACUUAA